AUGGUCAGCUUGUCCUCCAUCACCCAGUUCCUCCUCCUGGCAUUUGCAGACACACGAGAGAUGCAGCUCUUGCACUUCUGGCUCUUCCUGGCCAUCUACCUGGCUGCCCUCCUGGGAAACGGCCUCAUCAUCACUGCCGUAACCUGUGACCACCACCUGCACACCCCCAUGUACUUCUUCCUCCUCAACCUCUCCCUCCUCGACCUGGGAUCCAUCUCCACCACUGUCCCUAAAGUCAUUGCCAACUCUCUGUGGGACACCAGGGCCAUUUCCUAUGCAGGAUGCGCUGCCCAAGUCUUUCUGUUUGCCUUCUUGGUUGGAGCAGAGAUUUCUCUUCUCACCAUCAUGGCCUAUGACCGCUACAUUGCCAUCUGCAAACCCCUGCACUACGGGACCCUCCUGGACAGCAGAGCUUGUGUCCACAUGGCAGCAGCUGCCUGGGGCAGUGGGUUCAUCACUGCUGUGCUGCACACAGCCAAUACAUUUUCACUUCCCCUGUGCCAAGGCAAUGCUGUGGACCAGUUCUUCUGUGAAAUCCCCAAGGUCCUCAAGCUCUCCUGCUCAGACACCUACAUCAGGGAAGUUUGGCUUCUUGUGGUCAGUGUCUGUUUAGGCUUUGGGUGUUUUCUUUUCAUUGUGGUGUCCUAUGUGCAGAUCUUCAGGGCUGUGCUGAGGAUCCCCUCUCAGCAGGGACAACACAAAGCCUUUUCCACGUGCCUCCCUCACCUGGCCGUGGUCUCUCUGUUGGUCAGCACUGGCAUGUUUGCCUACCUGAAGCCCCCCUCCAUCUCCUCCCCAGUUCUGGACAUUGUGGUUUCAUUUCUGUACUCAGUGGUGCCUCCAGCAGUGAACCCCCUCAUCUACAGCAUGAGGAACAAGGAGCUCAAGACUGCACUGUGGAAACUGGCUCAAUGGGGUUAA